AAUCUUUGGAUAGAGAAUCAUAGGUAACACAUUAAACAUGGUUCUAGAAUAAACUACUGAACAUUCUGUGAUUUUGUAUGACGAGUGCUCAGGAUUAUUUUUUCUUGCAAAGAUUUGCGUAAACUGUGACCAAAAAAAUGUGCCAAUUCAUUAGCUAAUGAUUUAAGUGGUGAACCUUAGGUUUAAACGAACGCGCACAUCCGGAAAAAAUUUGAUCAUAAAACUUACAACGAGAGUUUUUAAUGUUUUGAUUUACAAAUGAAAUGUAUUUAUAUAUUAGGACUUGAAUAAGUGAUCAAUCGAUCGUAAAGCAACAUCUUGACUCCUGAUGACAACAGUUUAACAGACGAUGGGGAAAUCGACGCAUAUUUUCUUUGUGAUGUUAAUAAUGUUCAUGUUGGUCCGGUGUAAGCCACCGACUGAGCAGCGCCUUCAUCGCUAUCUUCUACAGGAGAAUGCGUAUAAUAAACUAAUCCGACCUUGGGGAAGAAUUUUGAAUGGGACAGUGAAUUUCAAUGACAGCAAGCUAACAGUACAGUUAGGCAUGAGACUUUCACAGAUUCUAGCAGUAUCCGAGAAGAAUCAGAUCCUGACGACCAAUCUGCGGUUGAGACAUGAAUGGGUUGACCAAAGACUUCGUUGGAAUCCAAGUGAGUUUGGGGGAAUUACAUUGACAUACAUACCAUCAGAUGACCUCUGGAGACCUGAUAUCUUGUUAUAUAAUAAUGCUGAUGGUGAAUUUGUAGUAACCUUAUUGACAAAAGCCACGGUGUAUCACACUGGUCUAAUUGUAUGGGACCCACCAGCUAUUUACAAAUCGUAUUGUCCAAUCAACGUUGAGUUCUUUCCUUUUGACCAGCAGGAAUGCUUUAUGAAGUUUAGCGUUUGGACAUAUGAUGGCCACGAGGUGGAUCUCCAGCACGUGUGGGAAGAGCAAGGUGUCAUGCAGGGAAACCAGAUGGUCAUUCCAAAAGGAGUCGAUCUUUGUGAUUAUUAUCAAAAUGUUGAAUGGGACAUCAUAAAUGUAACAGCCAGGAGGAAAGAGAAAUUUUACCCGUGUUGUCCUGAGCCAUAUCCAGACAUCACGUUUAAUAUAACUAUCCGAAGGAGAUCUUUAUUCUACACCAUUAACUUAAUUAUGCCGUGCAUAGCUAUCUCGUGUUUGACUGUGUUAGUGUUUUAUUUACCCAGUGCUUCUGGAGAGAAAAUCACGUUGUCAAUUUCAAUAUUGCUAGCUUUGACUGUGUUUUUCUUGCUUCUGUCUGACAUAAACCCACCCACGUCAAUCGUUAUACCAUUGAUAGGAAAGUAUUUAUUAUUCACCAUGAUUGUGGUAACAAUGUCCAUAUUUUUGACAGUUUAUACUUUGAGCGUUCACUUCCGAUCACCCGCUACACAUAAAAUGUCACCAUGGGUUAAACGCAUAUUUACUGAAAUUCUUCCAAAGUUUUUUCUCAUGAAGAGACCUGUUUUAGAUAAAAAGAAAAAAGAAGAAGUAAUGAAAGACAUUGAAAUGGUACAGUCAGAGAUGGGAACACCAGAUGCUGACACAAUAUUCAACAGUCCCAAUGCACCAAAUUACGAGAAUCUAAGGAAAAGGACAACUUCUGAAAAGAAGGAAGACUUAUCGAGAUAUCCAGUAGAGAUAAGAGAGUCGCUUAAAGGUGUCAAAUUUAUUGCUGAACAUCUUAAGAAAGACGACUCACAAAAAUCAGAGGAACGAGACUGGAACUACGUUGCUAUGGUGAUUGACAGAAUGUUUCUGUGUGUUUUUACCACAGCAUGUGUAUGUGGCACGUUAGGUGUGUUUCUAAAUGCUCCAUCUCUGUUUGAUCCAUCUGAAGCAAUGUCGAAACACGACUUUAGUUGUUCAACUUGAUCCAUCAGAGUAUACACGAGUUAUAUAUGAUUCUGUAUGAACGUAAAGCAUACUUAUAAAAAGAGAGUAAUUGCAUAUCUGGAGUACAUGUAAAUGGAAUACGCUACGUCGGUCGAGCAACCCCCGUGUGAUACUACUGUGGAAACAUUUAACAUACUGAGCGGUUUAUAUACCCAUCAGCAAAAUUGAAAGAAAUGGGCUACUAUAAGAACUAAACAUUGGGAUGACACUGGAUACUACAAACACACACAACAACAGACGCACCAUAAAACAAAUGAAGCGGACUGUAAUCUUUCAACAAAGGGAACUGAAAGUGUAGAGCUAUAAAUUUACUGAAUGAAAUGAUAUGUGCUGUAAGACACAGAUCGUGUCCUCGGCGAUAAAAACUAAGGCAUAAUGUGUAGUUGAGAUAUUUGCAUAAUGUGGAUUAGUGAUGAACACUAAAAGUAAACAUGAUAAGAUGCACAUAUAUCAAGAAGUUCUAAAAUAGGAACAGAUAGUUGAAAAAUGUGUUCCUGUCCGCUGUAAAAAAUGUAAAAGGCGAAUACAGUUUAAACGAUAGUUUCAUGUUGGAAAUCUGCAAUUAUGUAUAAUUAUGUCAGUGAUUUCAAUAGCAAUUUUUUCUGUCACAUGAUCAAAUACACAAAUAAGUUCCUGUCCAGUGUAUUGCAAUGCUGUUUGAAAAUAAUUUCUAUGUUCCUGUUACAUUAGAUUAUAAAUGUUUUUGUUUUGCAUGGGCCUCAUAUUUUACAACUGAACAAGUAUGCACAUGGAACAGAUGAUCAGUUAUAACUGGACAUGAAUCUCUGUAAACAACUAAGGAAUGUUUAAUUUUUCUCCACCUGGUUUAAACAUGAAAAUGCAAUGUUUUCGAUAUAGAAGAAAGAUGGAAACUUUUUAAUUUAUCAAUUACAAUAUCUGAUUUCUCCCUUGAAGAGUUUAUACAUAUUUUAGAAACCUGUAGGAAUUAUCAUGGAGAUAUGACUAUUAAUGUUUAAGAGUUUACAUUUUCAUCAGGCUAUUUUUAGUGUUAUUUUGUUAAAUUAAAAUCAUCUAUUAAAUGUUUGAUUAACACAAGAGAUAUCUGUAAAAUAUGAAGAAAAGUGAUUACUGCGUGGGCCUGCUGUAACAUAUUUCAUGUAAAAUGAAGGAAUUAAACCGUGCUUUAUAUUAAACUCAUCAAAGCUCAACUUAACUAUAUUAUUAAUUAUUGCGGUUGUUAAUAAUGAUCCUUCUGGGAAAUAUGUUGGGUCAGUAUAAUAAAUGUUGAUGGGAAUAGGGGGCGUGAGGCAUCAGCCGAGUAUUCAUGAUGCUGACCCCACAUUUUUUUCGGAGGGUCAUUAACAAACUAAAUAAUUGAUUUCUUUAAACGACUAUUUAUUUUUACUUUUAACCCGACAUGAAUAUGUACUGGCACAAAAAUAUAGGGGUCACUGUGUUACCACCUUUUAACUUCUGAAAUUGCUUAAAUCAACUGGAAGGUAAAACAAUAAGAGACGUUGCUGUGUAAAAAUUGAAUUGAUCUGGUGAGAAGUCCCUGGCAGUAAGGGACCGGCAGUCAUUUCUAAACAAAUCCCUAACAGUAAAGGACCGGUACUUAUUUGUAGACCGACUGGUACUGGUAGUUUUCUUGAGAGAAGUUCCUGACAGUAAGGGACGGUACUUAUCUGUUGACCGACUGGUACUGGUAGAUUUCUUGAGAGAAGUUCCUGACAGUAAGGGACCGGUAGUUAUCUCUUGACUGACUCGUACUGGUAGUUUUCUUGAGAGAAGUUCCUGACAGUAAGGGACCGGUAGUUAUCUGUUGACCGACUGGUACUGGUAGUUUUCUUGAGAGAAGUUCCUGACAGUAAGGGACCGUAGUUAUCUGGAGACAAGUCCUAACGUGAUGUGCAACCAACUUCACUGAAUCUAGUAGCAUAUAUAUAGUAAAAACGAUUGCCAAUGGAACAAACAGAUACAUAUGUACAAUGUAUUCGAUUUGAAAUACUUUUAGUUCAGAUUUCUUCUUUACUUUAGACAUAUAUUUUUUCUUAAUACAUUCGGAUGUUGAUCACAAGUUGUUUUAUAAUGAAUUGUAAAUGUUCGUUAGCUCUGUUUGAUUAAAUUAUGAAAAUUAAAGUGUAAAAUAUA